AUGGAUCCUAAACAGACAUUCCCACGAUCGACUGAAGACAUUGAGGAAGUAUUGCUGGGCAGCUAUUGGGUGAUAGGGAAUUCAAGUUCACCAAUGAUAAAAUCAAAGGCAAAAUCUGGCGAAAAUAAAAUGGUGUAUUUUGGUUUUGAGAGAAGAGAGAGGAGAGGAGAGCAAAGAGGCAUGGCUUCGGCUACUUCUACCGCGCCGAGCAAACAGUUAAAGAAGGGUGCUCGGCGAGGUUCCACCAUCGAAGUGUUGGAAGAACGAAGGGUAAGCCUGCCCUUGGCGAGGCUAAACCUGGACGAGGAAAGGUUCUUUGAACUCGUCGAAUCUGGAAGCGUGAAUGCAGUACAGAGUUUCCUCAAUGAGCACAAGACUCUGAACCUGAAUUGCACCAAUUACAAGGGGAUGAGCGCCCUCCACAUUGCCCUCAAGAAGGAGAAUGAACCCAUGGUGAAAAUGCUUCUAGGGCGCCCGGACAUCGAAGUAAAGGAUGCGGCGCUGCAAGCAGUUGCUACGGGCAACGUCGAAUUCGCGACAGCAGUACUGGAUGUAAUGAAUGUUGUGCAACCAGGACGCGAAAUGUUGGGCAGCACAGAAAGCACAGACUACUCACCUGACAUUACUCCUCUGGCCCUAGCAGCUCAGAACGGAGACUACAAAAUGGUACGCAUGCUACUCGGAAGAGGUCACAAGCUGGACAAACCACACGUGCCUACCUGUCUGUGUCCUAAAUGUAAAGGAUUGCUCCGUGAGCAUGGUUCUGCUCUCUCCCGAAUACGGCUGAAUGCGUAUCGAGCCAUCAGCAAUCCUUCCUAUAUCUGCCAAGUGACUGAUGAUCCGAUACUUUACUGUUUCUUGCUGGACGCUGAGUUAUUCGAAAGCGCACUCAUGGACAAAGAGUUCAGAGCAGAAUACGGGGAGCUGGGUGAUGAAGUGCGCGGCUUCACCGUUGAAGUGUUAAAUCAAUGCCGCAACACUGCAGAAGUUGAGCUGUUGUUGAAGUUACCCAACGGAUUUGAUUUUCAGUCUCAGAAAACAGAUUACCCGAGACUUCAACUUGCACUCGACUACAAGCAGAAAGAGUUUGUGGCUCACUCCAUGGUGCAACAGGUGCUGACAGGCCAUUGGCUAGGCGAGUUCCGUUCGUGGCCCCGCCGGUCUCUGCUCAGAAAAAUCCUUCACGUGUUCUUCCGCAUCCUGCUCCUGCCUUUCAUCAGUUUGUUUCUGCUACUUGUGCCCUGGCUGAAGCAGUUGGGAAAGUACCAUAGUCCUGUCAACAGAUUCCUGCUCAGUCUUGCUUCCUACCUGCUUUUCCUGACUUCCGUCUUCAUGGUAAAUAUACUGGAUACGGGGCAUUUCAACAAAGGACCGCCUGGAACAGGUUUCGAAGGAAUUGUCGUUAUUUUUGUCCUUGGUCACAUCUGGUCCACCAUCAGACAGUUUUGGGUUGAAGGCUACAAAAGAUUUUUCAGGGCGCCUUGGAAUUGGUACGACAUCUGCAUGCAAAUAUUCUUUACCUGUACUUUCAUAUUUUGGCUCGUGGCCGCGUUCGACAAGUGGCAGGAAGACGUGAACAAGAAAACAGAACCUGACAGAAAAGCCUGGAACAGUUACGAUGCCACACUCGUGCACGAAGGCCUCUUCGCCAUUGCCUCCGUCCUCGCUUCCGGGAAGCUGGCCUACUACUGCCUUCAGAGUUCGAGACUCGGGCCACUACAGGUGUCUAUGGGCAAGAUGGCGGUGCAGAUCGGCAUAUUCUUGGUUCUCUGCUUCCUCAUCAUCACAGCCUUCGCCAUCCCACUGACCCGGAUGUAUGCGUAUUACGACGGUAUGAAGCGGAAAGAUGCAGAUGGAAACACGCAGACCCAGCUCGCUACUUUCACAUCGCUCUCCAAUUCUUUUACGACUCUCUUUUGGGGAAUGUUUGGAAUGUCCGCUGCUGAAUCAGCCGACGUUGUAGUGGAGGAUAACACUCAUGAUUUCACGCAAGCUGUUGGUCGAGCUCUCUUUGCCACCUACGAGCUGCUUAUGAUCAUUGCUCUGGUGAACACUCUUAUUGCCAUACUUUCCAAUACAUUUCAGAAAGUCGUUGAUAAUGCCGAUGUUGAAUUCAAAUUUCACCGCACAAAACUAUGGAUGCACUUUUUUGAUGACUCGACGCUGGUGCCGAGCCCAUUCAACCUAAUACCGAGUCCAGGUUUCUUCAAAAAUGUGGGCAUUUACUGCACUGCCCUGGCAAACAAGUCUCCCGACGUGCAAGCGAAAUUCUCCUGGCAGCGUUGCUGUUACGUGGAACGCUUGAAAGAUAUUAGUGUGGACCCAGGCAUUUAUGAAGCUCUCAUGUCCAGUCUUGUGCAGCGGUAUUUCAGAGCCAAAGAAGGAGACGAAUGA